AUACUUCUUCCUAGUGAACUGUGCUAUUCUCGUGUGACUCACGUGUUUAUCAAUUAGUGCGUACCAAGUUUACAUGCAUAUUCCUAUAUAAACAUAUGCUUUUUUUUUUUUCCUUCAAACAAAGUCCAGAAAGAUAUAUCCACUCUAAAGAUAUCCUUCAGUGCAAAGCAAGCAGUACAUCAAUGGAAAGAGAGAAUUCAGAGCUGUACCUGCGCAACUGUCAGAUUAUGCGGGAGAAUGAGAGGUUGCGGAGGAAAGCUCAGCGUCUCAAUCAUGAGAAUCAAGCUUUGUUAUCAGAGCUAAGACGGAAGUUAGCAGCUAGAAAUGCCAAGCGGAAACCUGAAUUUGAAAUUGAUAUGGGUUCGAAUUCUGUCACCGAUCAAAUUGAAGCCAGCAAACACCAGGCACUGGAUUGAAAAUAAUAGCUGUUUCUAUCACUUCCUCCAGGCACUUUGUGCAGUUCAAAAUUAUGAGACUUUUCAACUUGGGUUUUACCAAUGUCAUAGCAAUUACCAGGCAAUGUGCCGUCUGAAACUAUUUAUUGUUGCAUUUGCUCCAAAAUAAUGUACUAGUUUAGUAAUCAAAUCAAAGUGCUUAGCUAAAAGGUCUACUACCAACUGUACCCCCAAGAGAAAAAUAAGAAGAAUUAUGCUAUAAGGGGCUGUGAACUAAAAAGCUAGGUCUCUACUUCCCCAAGUAUCAAUCCACAUUCAACUUUCUGUCUAUGCUUGAGAAUGUCUGGUAAAAUGCCUUGAAGUGCUUG